AUGCUAACAAGAAAUGACAACAUGAGUUUAUUAGGUUUUGUUCCAGCAUUGGUAGUCCAAUAUUUAGCUAAUCAAUAAUAAAUAACUUAACUUCCAGAAAAGCAAAAUUUAAGAUCUGUAGUCAUGUUCGCUGAUAUAUCCGGAUUCACUAAUUUGACAGAAACUUUAUCAAAAUUAGGAAACGAAGGAGCUGAGCUUAUAGCAUUUGCUAUUAAUCGUUAUAUGGAAUUGCUAGUUUCUGCAAUAAGUAAGAGUGGAGGAGAUAUUUUUAAGUUUGCUGGGGGUAAGCAAUAUACUAAUUUUAGAUGCCAUGAUCGUGGUUUGGCCUCCUUCUAUUAAAGAAAGCGCUGUAGAAAACCAUGAAGAAUUGAAAGUCAUAUGUAGACUAGCGGUACAAUCAGCAUUAGAUAUUUAAUCUAAGUUGAACAAUACUACAAUUUUGGAAGAUAUCAAACUUUCAGUUAAAAUAGGAUUUGGUAUAGGAGACAUCAAUAUAAUAUACGUGGGAGGAGUUUUUGGCAGAAGUGAAUAUUUGGCAACAGGAGAUCCACUGACUUAGGCAUUUAAAAGUGAGCAUCAUGCCACUAGCGGAGGGUAAAUCAUAGUUUCAUAGGAGGUUUUUGAUAUGGUUUCUGAUUUUUUUGUGUUUUAGAGGUUAUAGACUGAUUCUAGCUUUUAUAUGGUUGUAAAAUUAAUUAAUAAUAAAGUUUAAUUGAAAGCUGGAGCUUAAUUAAUAAAAAAUAGAUUAGGGGGGAUCAAUAAGUCACAGAUAAUGACAUUUAUACCAGCAGCACUUAUUCCUUAUAUUGAGAUUGAAUAGGAAAAAUGGAGUAGUGAAUUAAGAAGAAUAACAACCUUAUUUAUAAAUUUAGGAAUUGAUUUGAGUGAUGCUGAUUCUAGAUUGUAACACAUCUAAAAAGUGAUAGAGGUUGUCUAAAAAUGCAUUUACAUAAAUGAAGGAUCUCUCAAUAAGUUGUUGAUGGAUGAUAAAGGUUCAACAUUAAUAGUGGGAUUUGGAUUGCCUCCUUUAAAGCAUUAGGAUGAUCCUAUUCGUGCCUUGUUAGCAGCUUAGUUGUUAGUAAAGCAAUUAAGUUUAAUAAAUUGUAAAUGCUAUAUUGGAGUUGCAACUGGAAUUGUAUUCACAGGAGUUGUAGGAACAAGUGGAUCCAGAAGGGAAUACUCAAUAUUAGGAGACGCAGUUAAUUUAGCUGCUCGAUUAAUGUAACUAGCAAUAUAAGAAAAUAAAUCUAUUUUAUUGUGUUAAAAGACAGCAGAAGAUUGUGAACAUAAGAUUGAUUCUGAAUUAUUUAAAAUGGUCUAAUUGAAAGGCAAGACUGGACUAAUUCCUGUUUAUUAGAUAACAUAACAAAAAUCCAUAAUGAAAAUUCAUUAUUAUCAGAGCAAAAUGGGAUUUAAUUAGAAAGGACUUGUUGGUGGUAAAGAUAAAACUUAAUAAAUCUUGCAUCUUGUUAAUACAUUUUUAAUGAUGGAUAGAGAUGGUAGAAUUUCAUUGGCAGACAUGGAUAUAGAAAGGGAUUUUAUUCUGUUAAAAGGAAACUAUGGUGUAGGAAAAACAUUUGUAAUGAAAAUUUUAGAAUACUAAAUUAAAACUGAAAAUCCAAAAGUUUUGAUUUUAGAAUCAUCAAUAAACUCCUUUGAAAAAGUAUUCAAAGGCAAUGGAAUCAAGAAGAUAAUUAAAUAAAUUUAUGAUAUCGCACUGUCUAAAACCACUUAUAAUUAAUAGGAGUUAUUAGCAGCUAUUAGUAAUGGAAAUCAAGUAAUAUACAAAGCAUUAGAAGAGCUAUUGGAUUUAAAUGAGUGGUUAAAUGAUUAUGUGAAUAAUUUUCCAAAUUUCUAAUCCUCUUCUAGCACAAAUGAUGAACAGAAGAUGAAAUAAAUAGGUUAAGCAGUUGUGAAACUAUUUGAAAUUUAUUUUGAAUAGUAAUUGCCAGAUAAGAAGAGGAGACUUUAUUCAUAAAUGGAUGAUGAAUCUGAUGAUGUUUAGUCAAAUGACUUAUCAACUGAUAAAAUUGAUGUCCCUCCUAUUAUUAUAGUGCUAGAUGAUUUGUAAUAUUAUGAUCAGUUAUCAUUUUAUGUAAAGUAAAUAAUUUAAUUGUUAGCUAAUAAAGACGAUUAUAAAGAAGUUUAAUAGAAUAUUGAUCAUCGGAGUUACAAGGGAUUAAUUUUGGGAAAUUCCAAUAAUGAGUAGAAAAGGAAAUUCUAGAAAUCCCAAUAGAUCCUAAGAGUUAGUUUAUGAUAGAGGAGUUGAAUCAAUUAUUAACUUAUACAAUGUGACACCAAAUGAAGUCAUAAUGAAAGGAAUUAAAAAUAUAGAAGAGCAAAAACACUUCUUGUUGUUAUACUUUGGGUUUGACAAGUUUUCUGAUCCAAAGAUUCAUGAAAUAUUGCAUUUGAAAAGUUGUCGAUAGCCCUUACUCUUAAUUCAUUUAGUUAAAACAUUAUUAGAUAAUAAGUACCUUAUCUUAGAAAAUGAUUCUGUUUAUGCUACUUAAUAAUUACAAGCGCUAAUUCAACAUGAAGAGUGGUUAUAAAUUGAAAUUCCAUAAAUUUGUUAUUAGAUGAACGGUCCUAUAAUUGACUCUUUAUCUUGUAUUAAUUUGUUACUUUUAAAAUUCGCAUGUGUAAUUGGAGAUAUAUUCGAUAUCUAAACGUUAUUCAAAAUUAUUCCAUUCAAAUAAAUCAACCAAAACAAGUUAUUGAUGGCAUUGAAAUAACUUGUAUAAUAAGAUAUUAUAGAGUUUAUGCAUGAUGAUAAUGAAAAUCGUUAUUAUCGAUUUGUUACUCCUUUUAUGAGAGAAUGUUUGUACUAAAGUAUGACUUAUACUCAAAGAAGAUCAAUCCACUCCUUAGUUGCAGAGGCAUUAUAAAUUAUACCUUAGCCCUACGAAGAUUACAAAGAACUUAAGAGGUUAGAAUAUCAUUGGAGAAUGGCUGAAUAAAAAAUUAGUAUUAAGAGUUCAAAUGCAAUAAUCAAAUUUUCACAUAAAGCAAAGAAGUCUUUAAUUGUAAAAUAGAUCUAAAUGAUACUGAAAACAAGUAACAACAUGAAAGUUCCUUUAAAAAAAGGGUUCAUUUUCAAAAGGUCAGAUAAGAAGGUAUCAUGGCAAUACAGAUAUUGUGUUAUUGAUAGUGAAAAUAUGAUGUAAUUAUGUAAUAUAAUUGUAUUUCUUUAGUUUGUAUCUAAAUAAUUGUAUGAUCGAACAAACGGGAAUCUUGCCGCUAAAACUGAUUACUACCAUAACUCCAAUUUUUGAUAAAUCUGAUGAUUCAUAAUAAUUCUGCCUGCAAGUUGGUGUGAGUGAUUGGAUCAAGAAGGGUAAGGUAAAAGGAGAUAAAAGAAUUUUUCUUUUUGCUUUUGAAUCUGAAGAUUCGUUGGAAGAGUGGACUAUCUUUUUAGAAUUUGUUAAGGCUAAAUCAAUCUACAAUGAUUUCGUUGAGAAUUUCGGAAGAAUAUAAUUGCCAAUAAAUUUGAUUAAUGAGGCUUAUGAUCCUCAAUUAACAAUCUAUUUAUAGGAGAUGUUCAAAGGAUCCAUCAAGAGAUUCCGACAAUAGAAUGUCACUGAAUAAUUAAGCAAUAAGAAUAGGAAGUCCACUCACUCUAAACCUUAGCAACUUCAGAUUGCUUAGAGUCCUAUUCCAAAUUAUCAUUCUCCAAAUAACAACCCUAAAAGAUUUUCAGUUAGAUUCAGUGCAAUAAGUGAAUAGGAAGAGAAGUCCGAUGAUACUCCUUUAAAAGAGAAGCUAAGACAAUUCUUUUUUGGGUCGUUCGCAGUUCUAGCAAUUCAUUUACUUACUCAUAUUGACGAACCGAAUUACAUAGUGCUUGGAUAGGAAGGGAGAACAAUGAGAAGAUUAAAGAAAAAUAAGAAACAUAAAAAUAAUAUGAUGCAGAGAAUACCCAAUAUUCCUUCCAUAAUUGAAUUCGACUUUUAGUGA